GUUUCCGGUCGUGAAUUUUUUUUAGAGACUGGCGCGCGCUAUUCAAAACACUGAGAGGAAACGCGGGCAGAAGAAGCAGCGACUUAAACUUUAUACACACAUUUAUAGUUUUGUGUAGCAAACACAAAACCUGUCCGGUGAGGUUUGUGAAAAUGAUGCCCACUACUACCAGGAAAAGGAAGCUCCCCUCUCUGGACUCUGACAGUCACCCAGCUAAGAACCGUGUGAGGGAUGUGGAGUCCCCUGUGAAGAGUAUAUCCCUCAGAAAGCUUCCACAGUCACCGACCAGGAAGAAGCCAGUCGGGCUUCUGCACAAGGCAAACUGUGCCUCUCCACAUAAAGCAACAGGCUCUCCAGCCAAAUCACCUUGUAAAUCUCCAUUCAAAUCUUCCAUGGUUACAAGCUCCUUCUAUGGCCAGAAGAAGCCCUUCUAUCUCACGCCACUAGACAGGAAGGCAAUAAAGGAGGCACUGCCUUCUCCUCCUCGUCCUCUUCCUUCCCCUCCUUCCCAGGAUAAAAAUAAGAGGAAUGUUAAAGGAGGCAGCAAGCCGAGAAAGGCUGCAGGAUCUAGUAAUGCAAGGAAGACGGGUACCAAAAGCAAUUCACCAUCUACAAAGACAAUCAAGCUGUCCAAACCUAACAGCAGUGUCACUUCUAAACCGCCGUCCAUUACAACUACUGCUCCUGCCAGCAGCGCUAAGCCAACAGAUCCCAAGAAGGCAAUCACCAUCACUUUCAGCAGCCUGAAGCCCAAGCCGAAGAUCUUUGUAGGUGCUGCUUUCUUUGCUACAGGGAAGAAACCUACAUCCAUGUACAAGAAAUCUGCACGAAAAUCCUCAACCAGGCAAGCUCCAGUCCCAGUGAAGAGCAAAGCUGUCCCGCCGAAGGUUAAGAGCGUGAAGUCGAAGCCAACUGCUCCAGUGACGAACCAACAGCAGACGCAUCCUGAAAAGACUGCUGCCCUGCAGACUGCUGUCCUGCAGACUGCUGCCCUGCAGACUGCUGUCCUGCCGGUCGAGAUGGAAGAGAACCAGCCGAGCACCAAGCCGAGGACAAAAUUUGAUCCGUCAGACUGGGUGGACGCUGUCAACGAACAGCCUGAAACUCCAAAACCUUUCAGCUCUCCUAAAAUGUUGUCGGAGAAUUAUGGGAUUACCAAGGAGCUGAUGAUUUCGUUGUCAAGGACCCCAACAGCAAGUCCUGCAUCCACAACGGCAUCCUUCAGCACAGCAGAAGAUGGUGGCGCUGACCUGAGUGAUGUAAGUCCCAUCUGUGCUGCUGCCAGUCCACCCAAAGAUUCUGCAGCGGUGUAUCCCAUCUUCGGCUCUGCCUCCAAAAAGAGGUUAAAGAACGCAGCUUUGCGGUCACCGAUGUCCUGCAGCACCCCCUCUGGUCUGACGGCGUCACUGCAGACGGCUUCUGCUGUCAAAGAGCGACCAGUUCGCAGGAGGAAAGAGAAACAGGACGACGACCAGCUCAUCAUCGACGCCGGUCAGAAGCAGUUUGGAGCGACGACGUGCAGCUCGUGUGGGAUGGUUUACAGCGCAGAAAACCCAGAGGACAAUUUCCAACACAACCAGUUCCACCAGCGCUUCAUCGACUCCAUAAAAUAUGUGGGCUGGAAGAAGGAGCGGGUGGUGGCCGAGUUCUGGGAUGGAAAAAUCCUCCUAGUCAUGCCAGAUGAUCCCAAAUACGCCAUUAAAAAGGCUGACGACGUGCGGCAUGUGGCGGACAGCGAGUUGGGUUUCCAGCAGGUGACUCUGAGCAGACCGACACAGGCCAAGACCUACCUCUUCAUCAACACGGAGCGCAUGGUGGUGGGCUGCCUCGUCGUUGAACCUAUACGCCAGGCCUACAGAGUCCUCGAGCAGGCGGAGCAACACAAAGACAUGACGAAGGACGACUUCAUGGAGCGACACCGAGCCUGGUGCUGCUCCACCGUCCCGGAACAAGCUCUGUGUGGGAUCAGCCGGGUCUGGGUCUUCAGUCUGGCCAGACGACAGGGCAUCGCAACACGCAUGCUGGACACCGUCAGGAGCACCUUCAUGUACGGCAGCCAUCUAACGAAGGAGGAAAUCGCCUUCUCUGACCCGACACCUGAUGGCAAACUGUUUGCAACCAAGUACUCCAACACACCGACCUUCCUGGUUUACAACUUCAUUGCAUGAAGAGAACAAAUGGAUGAAAGAUGCAUUACUUUAACUGACGUUUAAUAAUAAGUAUUGCAUAUUUACUGAUCUUCACAAAGCAAUAACUGUUCAGGUUGUUUGUUGACCAGGCUUUAGAUGUAUAACUAUAAACCGUUCAGUGUUCAGGAUUAAAGGAAUACUUCACCCACAAAAUGAUAAACAUUUCUCCCCCAUGUUACCUUCGGAUUCAAGAAAUGUAGUUUAAUUCUCGCAGCUCGUGCAGUUUGUCAUUUCUCCAGCUGUACGCUCGCAGCUCGUGCAGACACCUCGUCCACGGGAGAACUGAUGAUGCACAAACGUUUUAAAAUAGUGAAGUUUUGCUGUUAAAUGCAUUUCUCUUUUACUUCGAGGUGACUAGUGGGUGAAGUAUUGUAGAGUUUUAUGAUACCUGUUCUCGCUCAGUAUUUAUACUCGUACUGCCUCAUUACUGUUGAAUGUUUGUAUAUUGGCAGCGUUUUUAUUCAGAUGUUUAUAUGAUGCUUAAGAACUAGAAGCCUCCUUUUGCUGCGUUCACUUUGAGGUUUUCUUGUUGACAGACUUGUCACUUUUGUUUCAGGGCAUUCUACUCUGUAAAUACAUUUAAUAAACUUAUUUCUCAAA